UAAGCAAAAAAGAAAAAAGAAAAAAUGGCUGAGAAGUCAAACCAGCCCUUGGCACCCGCAAAUAGGCACCCCAGAAGCGAUGAAGAAUCGGACACGUUGCAAACCAAGGAGCUCCGGCGGAAGAAACGAGUCAAGUUGGCCGUAUAUAUUGCUGCUUUUGCUGUGUUUCAGACCGUGGUCAUCUUGGUCUUUGCUCUCACUGUGAUGCGCGUCAGGACACCUAAGGUCAGGUUGGGCACUGUCACCUUCAAAAAUAUGACCACCGGCAACCUAACAUCUCCUUCCUUCGACAUAAGCUUCGCAACCCAGGUGAGGGUGAAGAACACAAAUUUUGGCCCCUACAAAUACGAUAGCACCAAUGUGACGUUCACGUACCAGGGUGUGAUAGUGGGAAGGGUGAGUAUUCCUAAGGGCAAGGCUGGGCUUCGUUCCACCAAAAAAGUAAGUGUGACGGUGUAUGUGAAUUCAAAUGUGCUAUCAAGCAUUCCGAGUCUUGGGAGUGACUUGAGUGCCGGGGUGUUGGCUCUCAACAGCCAUGCAAAGCUUAGUGGGAAAGUGGAAUUGAUAUUUGUUAUGAAGAAGGAGAAGUCAACUGAAAUGAAUUGCACCAUGAAUAUCAAUAUCUCAACAGAGGAGCUUCAAGAUUUGACUUGCAAGUGAAAAUAAUAAAAAUAAAAAUAAAUUGCUGUUUUAUU